AACAAUAAAAUAAAUGUCAAUAGUUUGAAUUUGAAAAUGAAAUGUCGGUUUGUUCAUUUUAUAAACUUUAAUUUUUUUUUAUUUUCUUCAGUUUCUUAUUUAUUAUUAAUAAAUAAAUGUUAUAAUGAGUUCUGAAAAAUUGAGCAGUGAUGAAGUGCCAUUACAUUUCACGAAAUGGUUGCUAACAAUGGGCUGCCCACCAGACACUGUGCCAUCAGUUGAAAAAGUAGCUGAGAUGUGCAGAGGUCAGUAUUAUAUGGUGUGGAGAAGUCUUAUGGAACAUGUUCAACCCAAGAAUGGCAUCAAACAAAAGAGGCUACAAGUGUUCUGUGAUGAUGUGCAGAAGUGGCGCAAGAAAAGUCCCUUCAAUGAGCAAGAUACAAAUGCUGUGAUGCCUGAAGAGCUUAUGCUUUGGCAUCAGCAGACUGAGUUAAGGGACAAAGUAAAAGCAGCUGAAAUUAAAAAUGCUGAUACACAUGAAAAACUUAAGCAAAUUACUGACAAAAUAACAAUAAAGAUGGCCCAACGCAACCUCUCUGUUCGUCGCGUUCAGGAUCUCCAACGGCGCGUGUGGCUGCUCCAGCAAGUUGCAGAGGAGUUGAAAGCUAAGAAGAACAAUCUUCAAGAGACCAAGACAAUAGCUGACUCAUUGUGCUCGUUUGAUGAAGAAGUCAAUGUUUCAGAGAAACUGGAGAAAUGUAUGACACUGAUGUGUCAGCAAGGUCAAGGUAAUCCACCAGUAUCUUCAUGCUCGCUUCUGUCUGCCGCGAAUCCAGUCGCGUGUUCAUCAGUUGUAUCCACACAGGGGGACAACACUGACACCGUUGUAGAAGAGCACGUGUCGUCGCUGGUGAAGUGUCGCGGCGACAGUCUGUGGCGGCUGCUGUGCGAGCGCCGUGCUGCCGUAGCGGCUGCACUCGCCUCCGCCACGCCGCACGUCCUCCCCCGCGCACCUCCUGUUGGAACUAAUCCACAAUCGGUGCUGGCUAACACGGCAGCUCUACACUGCACCCUCGGCAUUGAGACUAUGAAGAACCGCGUGCACAUCGAACAAACACAAAAACGAUUCGUGGCCGCACUCGCUGACCUUAACAAUUACCUGUCAAGCGCAGAGGAGCACGAGUUAGCGGUAGUGAGGUGCGAACGUGCGUACGUAUCGGCUCGCGCGGCCUGCCUCGCGGGGCUGCUGCGUCGCCUCGCCGAGCGCCAGGAGGAGUUCGCGGGAGCCUCUCCUACACCCGCCUCCUCCGCUCCCACUGACCGCCUCCUACCCGCCGUGGACCGUGCUAUCGAAAGCAAGAGAGAAGAAUUGAAAAGGCUGUUAGUGGCGUUAGCCACCACAGAAAAAAAGAUAUUCAAUAUUAAAGACUGUCUUUUUAAUAUUUUCGGUGGGUUCCGCAAGGAUGUGCAAAUAGAUGAAAAUGAAAGGUACAAAAACUUUCUGGACUUCCCUCAAGAAUCAACAGCUACUCUUCGACAAUUCUACGAAGCAAGACGCGAGCAGAGACGGAAUAAAUUGGAUUUAAGUUUGAAUUUAGAUGUAUCCGAAAACUGUUCCUUCACGUUGGCAGCAGAUAAUAAUCCAACGUAUACGGAUGAGCUGAGGAUUUAUAUGAAGAAAUUUAAUUUGGAGAAAAAUAGAAAACUUGUGUUUGAAAGCGGCGAGAAGAUUUGGAUCUUCGAGACCCUCCAGUCGGCAGUGAGCCGUCUACACACAAAGUGGCAAGGCUGCGAAAUCGCUUGUCCCCUUGUCUGUCCAUCUGUCACGCUGGCUUGCAACUUACGGCAGCUCGUAGACGCCGUGCAUACUAGAGGUAUUUUAGAGGUGACGCUUCGUGGGAUGGAAGGUGAAAGAAAAUUGGACAGUGCUAUAGAUAUUUCAUCAAGGACUAAGGAAGAGGAGCAGACCAUAGACAAAAUAAAGAAACGACUCAACGAGAAUCUUCUCAGUUUGCAGAAAACUAUUAAAACUCUCGAAAUAGGACAAGAAAACUUAAAGUUUUGGUCCGAGAAUCGUAUAAAAGAAUAUCUCUCGUCAAACAGAAAGUGUAAUGGUAGAAUUUAUAAAGAUUAUGAAUGUUUUUAUAUUGAGAAACUAGGUUUAAAUAUUGUAUGAUUAAUUUUUUUUUUUUCAUCAGUAUCAUUUAACAGGCUUAGUUGAAAAAUCGGUACUGAACUAAGAACCUCAGAAAUAAUCGUGAAAUUGAUUCGUCCGGGAUGAUAUAAACUUAAUACUGUAUGUAUCGUAUUAAAGCCUAUUAUUAUAUUUGAGUAUUUUUAUAACAGAUCUAUAAACUAACUAUUGUAUUUAUAUUUCUGUCAGUGAAGUUUAUAUUGUGAUAGUGAGGUCCGUAAACGGUCAAGCAGCUUUAAAACGCCAUUUUUUACUAUUGAAAGCUCUCUCAAUUGAUCCCGAUCGCACCUGAUGGACAGCGAUUAAUUUUAAAUCGAAUAAUACGCGAUGGAUUGUCUAUAUAAAAGAAAUUAUAGUAAUUAUUUAUUUAAAAAAGAAGUUCGCUAUAAAAGCUGAAUAAUUUUUAUAUGGACGUGACACGAUUUCUUCAACAAUUCUGUAAAUAUAUUUUUCUAAUUAUUUUUGCAAUAAAAAAAUAUUUAUUGUACAUAAAGUUUAUACUCAUGUAAUGACAUGUACAUAUAGUACAUGACCAAGAAGGCAGGUAGGUAAGUGUUUUAUUCAAGCCGCUUAACCGUCUACAGAUCUCGAAACCGCAUUGUUUUAAUAACAUACGUAUGAAAUAAAUUAUAUUCUACAUAAA